AAAAAAAAUCGUACUGAUCCCAAACUUUUGAACUUUUAGGGAACCAGUAAAUUGCAUCAGUUAAAAAAAAAAAAACCUUUAGAAGAUAAAGGAAAGUUUUCAGAUGCUCUUGUGUCUCACUUCCACCGUUCAGGAUCCAAAAAGGAGUGAGGUGAUCUGGGUGCGUGACUUUGAGGAGGUUGUGCGUCUCGAUGGGUUGACAGAGGUGGAAGUGAACUCCCCCCAGGAUCUGCUACAGGUGCAUCGCCGUGGCUCUGCCCUCAGACACACAGGGAUCUCAAAGGGAGAUUUUCCAAGCCGAUCCCACAAGGUAUUCAACAUUGUGGUCAUUAACACAAUGCUCCAGUCCCGUGAGGGAGUUUUGACAGCCAGCAAACUCACUCUGGUGGAUCUGGCAAGCUCUGGAAAGUGUCGCAGUUCUGCGGUUCCUGACGUGAGGAGAACUUUAAAUGCCACAAAUGUAAACCCGAAAGAGACCAGGAUGCUGAAACGCUCCCUCACCAUAUUCGGAAAUGUGAUUUUUGCCCUCGGCUCUUAGGGACUGUCACAGACAUACUUGCUUCCCAUUCUUUUGAGUUCAGUCAGUCCCUCUGAACCUAAACUCAGCUCAAGUCACUGUGGAGAUGGGCCGGAG